UCGCUGCCAAUUAAGUGCACACACAAGUAAAACAGCCAGCCGCUCCCAGCUCAAUGGCCAUUCCAUCAUCAUCCUAUGCUCCUUUUUACAUCUUCUUACUUGUACUGUUCUUUGCCGUCUCAGCUGCUGCUUCUUCUUCUUCUUCUUCUUCUUCUUCUUCUCCAAGUCCGACCAACGCUAAUGGCAGCGACACCGACCUCACUGCGCUGCUGGCUUUCAAAGCCCAGCUCGCCGACCCUCUCGGCGUCCUUGCCAGCAACUGGACUACCGGCACGUCUUUCUGUCGUUGGGUCGGCGUCUCGUGCAGCCGACGAAGGCGACGAGUGACCGCCAUAUCCUUGUCCAACAUGCCUCUCGUUGGAUCCGUGGCACCUCAUGUCGGUAACCUCUCUUUCCUCUCCUUCUUCAACCUCACCAACACCAAUCUCACGGGCUCCAUUCCAGCCGAACUUGGUAGGCUACAUCGUCUUAGGUUUCUCAGCCUUCAAGGAAAUAGCCUCUCAGAUGCCAUACCUAGUGCUCUAGGGAACCUCACACGGCUUGAGGUCCUUAAUCUAGCACUGAACCAACUCUCAGACCAGAUCCCUCCAGAGAUGCUGCUGCGUAUGCACAACCUUAGGAAAAUUAGUCUAACGACGAAUGAAUUGAGUGGCCAAAUACCACAGUAUUUGUUCAACAACACCCCUUCCUUGAUUUUCAUCAAUUUCGGAAAUAACAGCCUGUCAGGUCCUAUACCACACAACGUUGGAUCCCUAUCCAUUCCUGAGCACUUGAUACUACAGAAUAAUCAACUUUCGGGACUGAUGCCACAAGCCAUGUUCAACAUGUCUAGGCUGCAAGUCAUGGCACUCACAGGCACUGGUAACCUAACAGGAAUGUUUCCAAACAAUCAAACUUUCAGCCUCCCAAUGUUGCAAAUUAUUUCGCUAGCUGAUAACAAAUUUUCCGGCCGGUUUCCAUCAGGGCUUGCAUCAUGUCAAUACUUACAAGUAAUUGAUUUGGGUAAAAAUUCUUUUGUGGAUGUUCUGCCAACAUGGUUGUCCAGAUUACCACACCUUGAAUGGCUUAACUUGGGUGAUAAUAACCUUAUUGGCUCGAUCCCAUCUGCUCUUAGCAAUCUCACCAGUCUUGCUGAUCUAGAUCUCUACAAUGGCAACCUCUCAGGGGAGAUUCCACCAGAAUUAGGACUUUUGCAGGAACUCUUGCAUCUAGAUAUUGGAGGUAAUAAUCAUUUGAUAGGUAGCAUUCCAGCCUCCCUUGGCAACUUAUCCAAAUUGAAUUACCUAGAUUUGGGACAUAAUCAAUUGUCCGGUCAAGUGCCAAGAACACUAGGCGAAAAUGCAGCUUUGAACAAUCUUUAUUUGUCAUACAACAAUUUAGAGGGGAAUCUAGACUUCUUUGCAGCUCUUUCCAAUUGUAGACAACUCCAAGUCCUUGAUAUAGAACACAAUUUUUUCACAGGUGCCCUCGCUGGCCAUUUGGGAAACCUUACAACACAAUUAAUCACUUUCGUUGCAGGUUACAACAAGUUAACAGGUGGACUUCCAGAAGAAAUUUCAAACAUAAGCAGCCUUGAAGUUAUAUAUCUUUCUAACAACCUAUUCACCGAGCCAAUCCCGAAAUCAAUCACAAUGUUGGAGAAUCUUAAAUGGCUCGCCCUCUCCCGAAAUGACAUGUUAGGCCCUAUUCCAAAAGAAAUGGGUUUGUUAGGGAAUCUAGAACUAUUGUUUCUCCAAUCAAACAAAUUUUCGGGCCCUAUGCCUAGCAGCUUUGAGAAUCUUAGCCGGUUAGAAGAGAACAACUUGUCCAAUAACAAGCUAAGUUCAAGGAUACCAGUGAGCUUUUUCCACCUAAAUAAACUUCUUUAUCUAGAUAUCUCACACAAUUCCUUUUCUGGUGCACUACCGAUCGAUGUUUCUGGUCUAAGUCAAAUAUAUAAAAUGGAACUUUCUUCCAACUUCUUGGUAGGGAACAUUCCGGAAUCAUUUGGACAACUUAAUAUGCUAACCUACCUAAAUCUAUCCUGUAACUCCUUCGAAGGCUCAAUUCCAGGGAACCUCGAAAAACUAAAAGGCUUAGAUACAUUAGACCUCUCGUUUAACAAUCUCUCUGGUACUAUGCCCAUUUUCCUUGCUAACUUUACCUACUUGACUACCUUGAACCUCUCAUUCAAUAGGCUAGAAGGCCAAAUACCUGAGGGAGGUGUUUUCUCAAACCUCACGUUGCAGUGUUUGAUUGGGAAUGCUAGACUAUGUGGCGCUCCACGGCUACGAUUUUCAUCAUGCCUUGAAAGACCUGACUCAACUAAUAGACACUUGCUACAGUUUGUACUCCCAACAAUCAUAUUAGCGUUUGUCGCCAUUGCCAUUUGCGUAUACCUAUGGUUUGGGAAAAAACAUAAGAAGGGUGAGGACGAAGCUUCUCUUGAUCCAACCGAUGCCAUAGGCCAUCAGAUAGUCUCCUAUCAUGACCUUGUGCGUGCCACCAAUAAUUUCAGUGAAGAUAACAUAUUGAGAUCCGGAAGCUUUGGAAAAGUCUUCAAGGGCCAACUAAGCAAUGGCUUGCCUGUUGCGAUAAAAGUUCUUGACAUGCAACUGGAGCAGGCCGUUCGGAGUUUCGAUUCCGAGUGUCGAGUGCUUCGGAUGGCGCGACAUCGCAACCUGAUAAGGAUACUCAAUACUUGUUCCAACCUCGACUUUAGAGCACUAGUGCUACCAUACAUGCCAAAUGGCAGCUUAGAGAUGCUCCUUCACAGAGCCGAGAGUACAAUGCACUUGGGAUUCCCUGAGAGGCUGGGAAUCAUGCUUGAUGUCUCGAUGGCAAUGGAUUAUCUGCACCAUGAACACUACGAGCUCAUCUUGCACUGUGACUUGAAGCCUAGCAACGUGUUGUUUGAUGAGGAGAUGACGGCGCAUGUGGCGGAUUUCGGCAUUGCAAGGUUGCUUCUAGAUGACAACUCCAUGAUAAGUGCGAGCAUGCUUGGAACAGUUGGGUACAUGGCACCAGAGCACGGGUCUCUUGGAAAGGCAUCACGCAAGAGCGACGUGUUCAGCUACGGGAUCAUGCUCCUUGAAGUCUUCACAGGAAGAAGACCCACCGACGCAAUGUUCGGCGCACAACUAACCCUUAGGCAGUGGGUUCAUCAGGCAUUCCCUGCAGAGCUUGUCCAAGUCAUGGAUGACCAGCUACUGCAAGGUCCUUCUCUUUCUAGCCACAGCUUGGACAACGACUUUCUUGCGCCCGUAUUCGAGCUGGGUUUGCUUUGUUCCAGCGACUCUCCUGACCAGAGGAUGACGAUGCACGAUGUGGCGUGGUGUUGAAGAAGAUCAAAGCCGAGUACACCAAACGGACGGCAACGGCAACUCGUAGAGCAGCACAGUGAUCAAUCUCCCUUGGCUGCUUAUAUAUCAUUUAGGAUGCCAAGGUACUCCUUUCUGGACUCAGGGAACCGUUGUUUAUGAGAGUCGAUCGUAACCAAAACAGAGCUAGCUAAGUUUUGUAAAUUCAGACACAUAACAGACUUUCUAGCUGCAGCUUGUAAUUUUGUCCCCGAGCAACAAAGUUCCCGUCUUUCAAUUCCGGGAAAAAAAAAGAUGGAGGCGUACGAUGACCGUGUGGCAUGUCCAUGGGCCCUUGAUCAAAGACUGUGCACUGAUAUCAUUUUUGUUUUUUGACCGAAGUCACUGAUCAUCAUUUGACCAAGCAGUACUCAUUCAGCAUAUAUAUAUAUAGAGCCAAACGACCA